UUGCUGCUCAAGAAGUGAGCGUCUUCGGAAGCUAGGCAGGAGCAGACUGACGAAGAAAGCAGCAUACUUCGGUUCGCAGAUCGAGGAACGGGGUUUCACUCCUUUGUGCUGACACUAAGGCUUUUCAGAUCGAAUUCUGAGAAGAAGAUGUUCCUCACCAGGACUGAGUAUGACAGAGGUGUCAACACCUUUUCUCCUGAAGGUCGGCUGUUUCAAGUCGAGUAUGCCAUUGAAGCCAUCAAGCUUGGCUCUACUGCUAUUGGAGUAAAGACCAAGGAAGGAGUUGUGCUUGCUGUCGAGAAGCGUAUCACCUCGCCUCUUCUGGAGCCGAGCAGUGUGGAGAAAAUUAUGGAAAUUGACCAGCACAUAGGAUGUGCCAUGAGCGGUCUGAUUGCUGAUGCCCGUACACUAGUUGAGCAUGCACGUGUUGAAACUCAAAAUCACAGGUUCUCGUAUGGUGAGCCAAUGACUGUAGAGUCUACAACACAGGCUCUUUGCGAUCUUGCUUUAAGAUUCGGUGAAGGAGAUGAAGAGUCAAUGUCACGGCCAUUCGGAGUAUCUCUUCUCAUUGCUGGUCACGACGAAAAUGGACCGAGCCUAUACUACACAGAUCCAUCAGGCACAUUCUGGCAGUGCAACGCUAAGGCCAUUGGUUCAGGGUCAGAAGGGGCUGACAGUUCCCUGCAAGAACAAUUCAACAAGGAUUUGACUCUCCAAGAAGCUGAAACUAUUGCCAUGUCCAUCCUCAAGCAAGUGAUGGAAGAAAAGGUGACUCCAAGUAACGUGGACAUCGCCAAGGUGGCACCCGGAUACCAUCUCUACACUCCACAAGAGGUGGAGGCAGUCAUCACCCGUCUUUGAUGAAAAAAUCUUCCGGUGGGAAUCUUCGAAUUUCCGGUGAGUGAUUUCUCAACUUGUGUCUGCUUCUGGAUCUGAGACCAAGAAACUGUCUUUUGCACCUAUGGAAACAAACAAACAUUUUCACCUAUUGUCUGUCAAAUGGUGAAUGUCAAAACACUCACCCAGUUGUUUAAGAACUUUUCUUUCAUCUCUGAACGUCAUCGGACAAAUGUCUGGUUAUUUCA